AUGUAUAAAAUAACAAACGGCGAAGAAACUACUUAUAUCAAAGCAAAAAAUGCAUUUUCAAAUCAAGUUGGGCACUUUUGUAUGGAGGUUGCGGAAAAAACACAAAUCGAAAUUUCGACUUCGGAACAGAAUCUUGACCUUGGAAAAGUGAGAUUAGAUGUAGAAGAAGAUACUCGGAUAAUUGAUGAGUUACGUGACAAAACAGGUAAAACUAGUUUUGAUAAACAAUAUAAAUUUAACCAAGGUGAUUACGACGUCAAUGUUGUCAGAAGCUUCAAUCGCCAAUUGGGCAUUCCCGGUAUUGAGAAUAGUUCGCAUUUCGCAGCCACUGGCUUAUUCUUCGAAGAUAUUUUGGAAAACAACUUCCAGGAUAAUGACGAAGAACGAUACGAGACCAUUGGCCAGAAACUUGAUGACGGCAAUUUGGUAGAUUCAAACGGAGAGCAAGUUUUUCCUAUUACUCCAGAAAAUUUGAAAGGCUUGAAAGUUGACUAUGAGAUUGUACAUUCAAAUCCAACACAGACGUUGCCCCAUUCACCAGAAGAUGCACUACUAAUAUUUGGAGAUGAACUAACUCCGUGGGAGAAAAGAGAAAUCAUGAAAUAUGAAAAGAUUUGGUACGUAGGAGAAGGUGCAAACAAAACAGAAGCUCAACAAGAGGCUGAUAACAAUUACGGAUUUGAUAUUGAGUCAGGAAAAUAUAAAGGACACUAUAAAGUGGUUUUGAACGAUCACAUCGCAUAUCGUUAUCAAAUUUUGAAACAACUUGGAAUGGGCAAGGCAGGUACAACCGUGAAAGUAUUGGAUCAUUCAAAUAAUGAAUUGCUUGCGAUUAAAAUAUUGGUCAAUACAACAAAACGGGGUGAAGUUAUGUUCACGAAGGAAUUAGGAAUCAUGAAAUAUAUAGAAACAGAAGCAACCAACACAAAUUAUUUUUCACGGAUGUUUGAUACAUUCUUUUUUCGAAAUCAUCAUUAUAUCGUUCAAAAAUUAUUGGGAGAUUCAUUACAUGAUGUUUAUUCCAAUCGUCCAGUAGAAAGUCUAGAUUUAUUACGACGUUUUUCGAGCGACAUCAUGCACGCGGUAUAUUAUCUGAGUGAACUCAACAUUUUCCACUCAGAUUUAAAACUGCAAAAUAUAAUGUUUAUGCAUGGAAAAAAUAAUCAGAGCAAAGGCCAAUUACUAAAAGUUGCAGAUUUUGACCUGAGCUGUAUUCCUGAUGCGGAAAAUUUACUCUACCGUUGUCGACAAGGAAUCGAAUUCCAGCCAUUGUAUUGCAGAUCGCCGGAGAGCUUAUUAAAAUUACCUGUAUCAUCACAAUCGGACAUGUUCAGUUUAGGUGUGAUAAUGGCACAACUUUUUCUCGGCACUGCUCCAUUUUUUGGUGGAGACGAGGUCGAUCAAUUCGCAGCAAUGAUGGAAGUUAUUGGUCUUCCUCCCGCAUAUAUCAUUUCACAUGCAAAUGGAAGAGAAAUAUAUGCAAAAGCAAUCUCCUGUGCAACUAGGACAUGGUUGCGACGCAUACCCGGAAGGAGACCGCUUGAUUAUGUUUUAAGAGACAUUGAUCCACUGCUGUUCGAUUUAAUUUCAAAAUGUUUGGAGUGGGAUGCUAACAUCAGAAUCACGCCUAAAGAAGCAUUACUUCAUCCAUUUUUUACCAAAGUCAAUAGAUGAAUGCGGAUCGUCGUUAUCCUCGGGAUCAAGAGUGGUCAUUUUACGUUAUU